UUUACUACCAAAUCAAUUGUUUUCCGAAGCUUUUUUAGCCCCUCAACAUGCCUGUAAAGAAAAACCACUAUGCCGAAUAUCCGGACGAUCCCAAUGAGCUCUCUGAGAGCGUGCGAUUACAGAUGGCCCAUGACGAUUAUCUCGAUCACAACACUAGCAAGAAGACUAAAUCCAUUCGAAAAUGCGCGAGAGAGCAUAGAAUUGUAUACGAAACCCUUCGAGAUCGAAUCAAUGGAGCGAAACCAAAGGAACAAGAUAUAGCGGCAAGAUAGCGUUUGUUAGGGAGGCAAGAGGCGGUUAUUCAGCGUUAUAUUCGAAAAUUAGAAGUAUGGGGCUGGCCCCCAAUAAUUUAUAAGAUUUACUGUAUAAUAGCGAAUUCGGUUAAUAUUUG